CUCCUGCGACUCCAGAACGUAUCAGGAUAGCUUGUUUCGAUGAGUUUACUUCUCCUUUUGUGAGUUUUGAUUUCUGCCCUAAGCUUAGUGUUUGAGACAUGAGGAGGGUGAUCUCACAGGGUUUCCCGACAUAAGCACUACUGCUGCACCAAGUGUGUUUGAGACUUUUGCUUAUGUGACCAAAAUCACUGUCUGUUCGAGAACAUAUACAAGUACUGUUUUGAAUUAUAUAUACACCUUGUAAUUACAUUCCACUAGACAGAUGAAACUGAGAACUGACUAUGAAACUAAGAACUGACUCUCCCUCACUAAAUUACAUAGCCGUUAGUAUCAAUCAUAUUUACUUCUAUUUUUAAUAUAUAUAAAACAUUUACUUUUUUUUAUACGAUUAGGCUUUCCACAUAUACCGUGGAAUAGCUGUUAAUUCAAUCUUCAAUAUACUAUUACAACAUCUAGAGCACCUUAGAACAGCUGUGUAUUUAAUAUUCAUUAUACAAUGUACAAAUGCAACAGCUAGAGCUCCUUGGGAUAGCUGUGUUUUCAAUAUUCAAUAUACAAUAUACAAAUGCAACAGCUAGAGCAAUUAUUACUGUCACUCGCCACCAUACAAGUUCAACGGAAAAAAAAAAUAUUUUCCCAUAGGUGUAUUACCAGUUUAUGUCCAAAAUAUAGUUAAAUAAUCAACAACGAUAACUAUUUUAAAAAUGACCAGCAAGGUUCGAUAUGAAUACGUAAGUCUCUAUUAUUUUAUUAAGAACGCCUAUUGUGUGACUAACAAUCUAACCUAGCCUUAAACUUUGAUCUAACUUUGAUAUUAUCCAUCUUCUUCCCCUUAGAUCUUUGUAUACUAGAGAGAAAAAUGGAAUCUGAGGGAGUGUUGUUACCAUUGAUCCACGAGCAUCCUAUGAUGCCUUGGAAUGAUCUGAGGAGAGGUGAUUGUUGUGGACGAUAUGUAUCUCAGAGUGAUGGCUACUAUUGUAAACUCUGUGACUUUUUCGUGCACAAGAAAUGCGGUGACGACAUCCCUGAUUUCAUGGACCACCCAUCUCAUCCUGGUCACACUCUCCAGCCUCGAUCUGAUCCAGGUAACUUUUGCAAUUUGUGUGGAUUGAUGAUUUUGAAUCUAUACUAUCGUUGUGAGAUGUGUGACUUCGAUGUGGAUCCGUACUGUGCAAAGUACCCACCACCGGAUUUUAUUGACAAUUUCGAGAGGCACCCCCACAAGCUUACACUUGACAAGGAACGUAUGGAGUUUUCUAUUGACUGUUCUGGUGAAUGCAAGAAGCCUAAUGAUGGGUUUUCAUAUGAAUGUGAUGAAUGUUAUGAGUCCUUCCAUGUUGAUUGUGUAUGGCACCCAACAGAAGUGCUAAAUUACUCACCAGAGGUAAACCACCCUUACCACUCCCUCCAUCCUCUUAAGCUCCUCACGGGUGAACCACCAGAGUAUUCUGAUGGUAAAUGUCGUCUUUGCGGUGAAAUGGUUGAAAGAAAUUUUUAUCAUUGUUCUUCUUGUAACUUUACCUUGGAUCUGCCUUGUGUUUUGAACCCACCACAAAAAUCUCUUGUUGAUCCGAAAGUGCAUGAUCACCAACUCACCCUUCUUCCACGACUCGAUUCUUUUACUUGUAAUGCUUGUGGUCUGAAGGGAGAUCGAAGCCCUUACGCAUGUUUUGACUGUGGUUUUAUGAUCCAUCAAGACUGUCUUGACCUUCCACGUGUCAUUAACAUCAACCGGCAUGAUCACCGUGUUUCUCGUACUUCCGUUCUUGGUGACGCUGCUAUGAAUUCGGUCUGUGGAGUUUGUCGCAAGAAGGUGGACUGGACUUGUGGUGGGUUUUCUUGUAAGAGGUGUCCUGGCUAUGUCGUUCAUUCUAAAUGUGCUACCAGGGACGAUGUGUGGAACGGGGAAGAACUAGAAGAAGUACAUGAAGAAGAAGAAGAUACAGAACCAUAUGUGGUGAUAGAUGACAACACAAUACAGCAUUUCAGCCACAAAGAGCAUUACCUAAGACGAAUCCAUGGGAAUGGUGUUCUGUACGAGGAGAAGAAACGAUGCAGCGCAUGUACCCAUCCCAUCGGUCUCCAUUCCUUUUAUGGCUGUAUUGAUUGUGAUUUUUAUCUACAUCAGAAGUGUGCUGAAUGUCCUAAAACGAAACGGCAUGUGCUACACAAUGACCGGCUCACUUUAGUUACAAACGAGGAGCUAGCUGACUUCUUGUGUAAGGGUUGUGAUCUAAAAUACAAUGGUUUCAUGUACAAGCAUGGGGAUAUUGAGUUGGAUGUCUUGUGUGGUUCAAUUUCUGAGCCAUUUGUCCAUCCAAGUCAUCCCCACCAUCCCUUAUACUACAUGCCCACAGAAGAUAGGGAAAUAUGCAAUGGUUGCAACAGAAAGGAACUUCGUGUGCUCAGGUGCAUUGAAAUUGAUUGUGUAUUUGUUUUGGACUUCAAAUGCGCCACUCUACCCCAAGUGGUGAAGCACAGAGUAGACGAUCAUCCUCUCUCACUGUGCUAUGGCGAAGAAGAAGAGGCAAGUGGUAAAUAUUGGUGUGACAUUUGUGAGAGAGAAACCAAUCCAAAGGAAUGGUUCUACACUUGUAAAGAUCAGCGGGCUAGUUUGCAUACAAAGUGUGUGCUCGGAGACUUAGCAAGAUUCAUGCCAAGAAGUGUAGUAAAGUUUCAGAAUCGAUCGUUUGAGGUGGUGCUCAAUAAAAGUGUAACUCGCCCAUUUUGCAGCAAGUGUAAGUCUCGUUGCAUUUACCCUAUCAUCCUCAAGUUGCUUGGAAUCUCAGAGACCUCCUUUUGCUCUUUUGAGUGCGCAGUUUUAUUUUAUUGGUUCGGGGAGAAAUAGCGAUAUAAAUGGUUAAAACUAUAAAGUGUAAUAAAGUAUGUCCAUGAGGCAAGAUGUUUAUUCGUUUCAGUUUCUUAUAUUUUCUAUUGGACAAGUUCAUUUCCAUUA